CAGGCGGGAUUAGCGACGUCCCACGGUAACACUUUCGAUUGUCUUUCUCUACUACGUUUUUAUUCCUAACCAUCCAAGCUCAAAGGCUAUCAAUCCGGUGGAGUCAACCAUUGAUCGAGAGCCUCUCCAGGGAUUAAGCAGCGGUUCAUUCCCCUCCAUUGAUCAGUCAAGUGUCCCAUAGACCUAGAAACACUCACAGACUUAAAGAAAAGCAGCAGGAUGGACAGAGCAGAGCUCAUCCAGAAGGCAAAGCUGGCCGAGCAGGCCGAGCGCUAUGAUGAUAUGGCGACCUGUAUGAAGUCAGUGACCGAAGCUGGGUCUGAGUUGUCUAAUGAGGAGAGAAAUCUGCUAUCUGUCGCCUAUAAGAAUGUGGUGGGCGCCCGGAGGUCUGCCUGGAGGGUCAUCUCCAGCAUCGAGCAGAAGACCGAAGGAAACGACAAGAAAUUGCACAUGGUGAAGGAAUACCGGGGGAAAGUGGAGUCUGAACUGCGGGAUAUCUGCAACGAUGUGUUGGAGCUGCUGAACAAAUAUUUAAUCCAGAAUUCCACAAAUCCUGAGAGCAAAGUCUUCUACUUGAAGAUGAAGGGUGACUACUACCGAUACCUUGCUGAAGUCGCUUCAGGAGACGACAAGAAAACAACCAUAGAGAACUCUCAGGAUGCUUAUGAGAAAGCAUUAGAAAUAAGCAAGACAGAGAUGCAGCCCACACACCCCAUACGUCUGGGUCUGGCCCUCAACUUUUCCGUCUUUUUCUACGAGAUCCUUAACUCUCCAGAAAAGGCCUGCGCCCUGGCUAAACAGGCAUUUGAUGAGGCCAUAGCAGAGCUUGACACGCUGAAUGAAGAGUCUUACAAAGACAGCACUCUUAUCAUGCAGCUACUGAGAGACAACCUCACAUUAUGGACAUCUGACAAUGCACCAGAUGAGGGAGAAGGAGGCGAGGGAGGAGAGAACUAGACCGUGCGCUCCUUCAACAAAGAAAAUGACCUUUUUACACAUCGCCAUUCCUUAUCACUCCAUGCCAGAAUUCCUCCAGUAAAGAUCAAACCCAUGAUUAAUGAAGAGCUGUUCAUGAAAAAAAAUAAAAUCAUUUAGUCUUUUCACAGUGCAGCUUUUGGACAAGAAAAGAAAGAUAUUUGGGGAGAAACCCUGUUCCUUAGUUUGUUUGUCUUGGCCUUCCAUAAUGUGCAGUUUCUGCUGUAGAAAAGUAUGACUAGUGUCAUUUUAUACAAACAUAAUCUUAAAGUAAUAGUUAAUGGAAAAUAAAUGAAUAAAUAAAUUAAAAGUAAGGACAUGCAUUUCAUCACAGGUAAGUCUGAGACUAAAAAGUAAUUGCAGGGAUAUUAAAAGCAUUUAGAUAACCAUAUACACCUACUGUAUCUUGUACUUCAACACUCUUACCUGUUUCACCUCAGCACUACCACGGGUUGUGCACUUCCACUGAAACCAGUGGUCAGUCACGCUUUAGAUAGUUCAAUAUGGAAAUUUAAAAAAGAUACUUGUUGAAAUGGCGUAUGUUUCAAGCUGCAUUUCAGAUUUUACUUGGAAAUAUUAGCAUCUGCAGUGAUAUGUAGUAUCUGACGGUCCUCAGU